AUGGCCUCCCUGCCUAGUCGUGCGCCCUUUCCUGUCGUCGCGCCACCCUCCCCCUUCCCCACUUUGUCGCGCGCCCUACUCAUCGCUGCGUUGCGCGCCCUGCUCGUCGUUGACGUGCGCGCGUCGACGACGACGUGCGCGGCCUCCCCGCCAUCGACGCGCGCGCGCAUCUUGCCUACCGCCCUCCAUCUCCCCGGCCACCCUUCCCUCCUCCCGUCCACCCUUCCCUCCUCCAUGCCACCCUUCCUUACCCUCUCGUGGGCGGCCUGCCUCACCUCCCUGCAGGCGCCUCCCCCCCCCCCCCCCCCGUGGUGUGCCUUCUUCUGCCGUUUUUGCACAACCUCCUCCUUCUCCCUUCUCCCCAUCUGCCUCUUCCUCCUCCUACUCUCCUCAUUCCUUCCUCCCUUCCAUGCCUCUCCUCCCUUCCUCCACCUCCUUCCCCUCCGCAUCUGCCACCUGGGUGUGUGUUACCGAUUGCCACUUGGUGAUCGUGACCCUCCUUCCUCCCCAAACUCCGCUCCUUCACCCUCCUCCUCCUCUUCUCUCUCCCUCUAUUUCCCCCACCCUCUCACCUCUUCCUCCGCCUCUCUUCUCUCCCUAUCUGCUGCAGCUGGUAGCUGUCCGUGUUUCGUCGCCUUCCACACCUUUCCUCCUCGUAUUUCUCCCCUCAGUGGCGCAGCAGCGGACUACUUCGCCGCUAUCCCUCCUCGUAUUUCUCCCCUCAGCAGCACAGCAGCAGACUACUUAACCGCUGUCCCUCCUUGUAUUACUCCCCUCAGCAGCGCAGCAGCAGACUACCCCGCCGUUUUCCCUCCUCCUCUUAUGUCUCCCCUCAGCGGCGCAGCAGCACACUACUCAGCUGUUAUCCCUCCUCCUCUUAUUUCUCCCAACAGCGGCGCAGCAGCAGAUUACUCCGCCAUGAUCCCUCCUCCUCUUAUUUCUCCCCCCAGCAGCGCAGCAGCAAACUACUCCGCCAUUAUCCCUCCUCUAAUUUCUCCCCUCAACGACUCAGCAUCUGACUACCUCGUCUCUAUUCCUCCUCCUCUUUUAUCUCCCCACAUGUGCUCCAUUGCUACCCCCUUCCCCCAACGGGGCCUAUUCUCGCUCUUACCUCUCCUGCCGUAUCUCCUCUCCUACCCUUGCCCUCCUAGUCUCCGCUCCCUUCGCUGCCCCUUCCUUCCCUUGCACCUCUCCUACUUGCCGAUGGACUUCCCCUCUUCUCUGCCCCUCUGCUUGGGUUCCGCUAUCCCAUCACCGUCGCCACUUUUGUGCCGCUGUCACCUCUGGUAUUGGUUCUCAGGCCUCUGCCUUUAG